UACAAUACUUCGACUUUCACCGCGAGACUCAUAAUAAAGGCCCUUGGACUGUCCACUUUGACCUUACAACUUUCUGCUCAAGCACCACGGUGUGCUAUAUGCGAAGUCAUUCUUGAUCGCCAUUGACCCUACCCCUCAUACCUUGCCCUUACUUCUGAUCUCUUAUUAUGGCUCCGCUGCCAAGUACCCUGGACGAGGAAGCUACCGCUCUUAUAGAUAACCUGGACCGUAGAAAGAAAGAUUUGCUCGAUUUCCAGAUACCCCGUCUUCGUGACUUCAAGGGUCCUCUCGUUACACAGCAGCAAUACGCCGCGGAAUUGCAUGACGACGUUGAUACCUUUGCCCGGCUUCUAGAGACAUUAGAUGUCUCUGUAGACGACCAGAAAGGCGAGCGCAAUCGGCGGGAGUUGAGGAGAAUAGUGGACGAGUACCAGGAGACCCUCACGAUUCUUCGUAAAGAAACAAGGUCUGCCGUGUUGACAUCCAAGCGUGCAAUUGACGCGAACCGCCAGUCGAACCGAGAGGAACUGCUUCGCUCUUCAGCUGUUCGCGAGAAACAAAAUCUUAACGAGAAGGUCGCAGAGGAUGCACUCAUGAAAACGAGCAACGACGUAACUGUAGCUCUCCAACGGACUAUUGGCCUAAUGCAAGGCGAGCUUGAGCGUUCCGUGCUUUCGACACAACUCCUAGAUGCUUCCACCGCUUCUCUUAAAUCCGCUUCCUCCACACAUGAUGUGCUAGACAGCCUUAUGGUCACGUCAAAACACCUCAUUACCGCACUGGAGAAGUCCGACUGGCUUGAUCGCCUUCUCAUCCUUGCCGGUCUCAUGUUCUUCAUUCUCGUCAUAUUGUUUAUCCUCAAACAACGUCUCGUGGAUCGCAGUAUCCGAAUAGCAUUCUGGUGGACCAGGUUCAUCCCUUCAUCAAGUGACAAAGCGAUGGAUGCCAUGGAGAAAGGUGCUAUUGCGGUUUCCGCGACGUUAUCAAGUGUAGUUGCUGGCGUAUCGACUGCUGCGGUAUCUGCCACGGCUUCGCUAGCUUCUGUUACUCCCUCGCCUUUACGAGGGGAGGCGGGGCCGAGAAAGAGUCUGGCACAACCAGACGCCCCGACUUCCUCUUCUAGGGAUAAACUUGUUUCCGACCAUACCACUUUGGGGGAUCCACCAGAAACGCUUUUAGCGACAAUGGGCACACCUACCGCGAUACCACUGGGCCAUGAUGAACUAUAGCCUUAUAGUUGUAUACCGCGUCGAAUAGUAUUCUCAUACCGCUUCUCUCAUAUGGAUUCAUCGAUAUACAAUUCUUGUGAGUCGACAAUGCUCUACCGUUGUUCUAAGUCUGACUUUCUACGCACUUGCAAAAGUUUCUCAUUACGAUCUUUCUGCUUUGUUGACCAGGUAUUUUCAAUUUUUUCAUCAUAACUAUGCACCGGGGCAAUGAUACAUCCGAAGUACAUGUCUGCGUUUGGACUAAGUCGUUCUUCGUGGAAACUUC